CGGCGCCCACGGCCGGGCUGGACCCAUGGCGCCCCCGCGGAACGUGGUGAAGAUCGCUGUCCAGAUGCGUGACGCCAUCCCUCAGCUCAUCCAGCUGGACCAGGCGAAGCCGCUGGCCGCUGUGCUAAAGGAGUUGUGUGACGCGUGGAGCCUGACCCACCCUGAGCGCUAUGCCCUGCAGUUUGCUGAUGGGCACAAGAGAUACAUCACAGAGAACAACCGCUCCGAGAUCAAGAACGGCAGCAUCCUGUGCCUCAGCACUGCCCCAGACCUUGAGGCCGAAAGACUAUUGAAUGGGCUGCAGAGUGGGAGUCGUGAAGGCCGCCGGGAGGCCCUGAAGCAUCUCGUCCUGUUGACCCCAGACCUGACCUUUGCCCGGGAAGUCAUUAGCCGAGAUGGGCUUCAGAGGCUAGGCACCAUCAUUGAAGAUGGGGAUGACCUAGGAGAGGUGUUGGCCCUCGGGUUGCAGGCCUUCUCGGAGCUCAUGGAACACGGCGUGGUGUCCUGGGAGACCCUCAGCAUCCCCUUUGUUAGGAAGGUGGUAUGUUAUGUGAACAUGAACCUGAUGGAUGCCUCGGUGCAGCCCCUGGCCCUCGGGCUGCUGGAGAGUGUGACCUUGAGCAGCCCCACCCUGGGCCAGCUGGUCAAAAGCGAGGUGCCAUUGGACAGGCUACUGGUGCAUCUUCAGGUGAUGAACCAGCAGCUACAAACCAAGGCCAUGGCGCUGUUGACAGCUCUGCUGCAGGGGGCCAACAGUGCUGAGCGUAAGCGCAUGCUUGACUACCUAUGGCAGAGAAACUUCCGCCAGUUCAUCUAUAAGAACAUCAUCCACAGUGCAGCACCGCUGGGCGACGAGAUGGCCCAUCACCUGUACGUCCUGCAAGCCCUCACACUGGGGCUCCUGGAACCACGCAUGCGGACGCCCCUGGACCCCUACAGCCAGGAGCAGCGGGAGCAGCUGCAGGCCCUGCGCCAGGCAGCCUUUGAGCCGGAGGGGGAGUCUGUGGGUGCGGGGCUGAGCGCCGACCGCCGCCGGUCCCUCUGUGCCCGAGAGUUCCGCAAACUGGGCUUCUCGGAUAGCAACCCGGGGCAGGACCUGGAGCGCGUGCCCCCUGGCCUGCUGGCCCUGGACAACAUGCUGUACUUCUCCAGGCACGCACCCAGUGCCUAUAGCAGGUUUGUGCUGGAGAACAGCAGCCGUGAAGAUAAACACGAGUGCCCCUUUGCCCGAAGCAGCAUCCACCUGACCAUCCUGUUGUGUGAGCUGCUCCACGUUGGGGAGCCCUGCUCCGAGACGGCCCAGGACUUUUCACCCAUGUUCUUCAGCCAGGACCAGAGCUUCCAUGAGCUCUUCUGUGUGGGCAUCCAGCUGCUGAAUAAAACCUGGAAGGAGAUGCGGGCCACACAGGAAGAUUUUGACAAGGUCAUGCAGGUGGUGCGGGAGCAGCUGGCUCGCACACUGGCCCUGAAGCCCACCUCCCUGGAGCUCUUCCGGACCAAAGUGAACGCACUCAGCUAUGGGGAGGUGCUGCGUCUGCGCCAGACAGAGCGGCUACACCAGGAAGGCACGCUGGCACCCCCCAUUCUAGAGCUGCGAGAGAAGCUGAAGCCAGAGCUUAUGGGCCUGAUCCGCCAGCAGCGUCUGCUGCGUCUCUGCGAGGGGACACUCUUCCGCAAGAUCAGCAGCCGGCGGCGCCAGGACAAGCUGUGGUUCUGCUGCCUGUCCCCCAACCACAAGGUGCUGCAGUAUGGGGACGUGGAGGAGGGCACAAGCCCACCGCCCCCUGAGAGCCUGCCUGAGCAGCUCCCAGUGGCGGAUAUCCGGGGACUCCUGACAGGCAGGGACUGCCCCCACGUCCGGGAGAAGGGCUCCGGGAAGCAGAACAAGGACCUCUGUGAGUUAGCUUUCUCAGUCAGCUAUGACCAUGGGGAACAGGAAGCAUUCCUCAACUUCAUCGCCCCCUCCAAGCGAGAGUUCUACCUGUGGACAGAUGGGCUGAGUGCUCUGCUGGGCAGCCCCAUGAGCAGUGAGCAGACACGCCUGGACCUGGAGCUGCUGCUGACCAUGGAGACCAAACUGCGGCUGCUGGAGCUGGAGAAUGUGCCCAUCCCUGAGCAGCCGCCCCCCGUGCCCCCACCCCCCACGAAUUUCAACUUCUGCUAUGACUGUAGCAUUGCUGAACCUUAG